UCUACCAAACAGUCACUCAUGCUUGUCGAGUUCUUUGCGCCGUGGUGUGGCCACUGCCAGGCCCUGGCUCCUCACUACGAGGAGGCGGCCACGAAGCUCAAGAACGAGAGCAUCAAGCUGGCCAAGGUCGACUGCACAGAGGAGGAGGAUCUCUGCGCGCAGCACAAUGUCCGCGGCUACCCCACCCUCAAGGUCUUCCGCAACGGCGAGUCGACCGAGUACAAUGGGCCCCGAAAGACAGACGGAAUCAUCAGCUACAUGCAGAAGCAGGCCCUGCCUGCCAUCUCGACGAUCUCGGCCGACAACAUCACUGACUUCAAGACAAAGGACAAGGUCGUCCUUGUCGCCUACCUGGGUGCCGACGCCGACGCCAAGGCCGUGGCUGCGUUUGAAAAGGUGGCCAACAAGAACCGCGACUCGUUUGUCUUUGGCCGUGCCCUCGAUGCCGACGUGGCCUCGGCCGCUGGCGCAAAGAACGGCGACGUCGUCCUCUACCGCGCAUUCGACGAGCCCGAGGUGACGUACUCGGGCAAGGCCAGCGACGACGAGGCACUCGAGAAGUUCCUCAAGGCCGAGAGCAUCCCCCUCAUCGACGAGGUUGGCCCCGAGAACUUUAUGGCUUACGCCGAGGCUGGCGUGCCCCUUGCCUACUACUUCACCGAGCCCGACGGAGCCAGCAAGGAGGCUGACCUGGAGAAGCUCAAGCCGCUGGCCAAGGCCCACAAGGGCAAGCUCAGCUUCGUCUGGAUCGACGCCGUCAAGUUUGUCAACCACGCCAAGGGCCUCAACAUCCAGGGCGAGAAGUGGCCCGCAUUUGCCAUCCAGGACAUCCAGGCCUCGACCAAGUUCCCCCUCGAGGACCUCGGAGACGACGCGGCGGCGGCCAUUGAGAAGUUUGUCGGCGAGUACGCGGCCGGCAAGCUGGAGCCCUCGAUCAAGUCCGAGGCCGUGCCUGCGGCUCAGGAGGAGGGCGUCUACUACCUCGUCGCCGACGAGUUUGACAAGGUCGUCUUUGACGACAGCAAGGAUGUCCUCGUCGAAUUCUACGCUCCCUGGUGCGGACACUGCAAGAAGCUCGCGCCCACCUACGACACCCUCGGCGAGGCCUACCGCAAGGCGACGGACAAGAUUGUCAUUGCCAAGAUGGACGCGACGGCCAACGACGUGCCCCCCUCGGCUGGCUUCCAGGUGCAGAGCUUCCCCACGAUCAAGUUCAAGCCCGCGGGCAGCAAGACGCUCGUCGACUUUGAGGGCGACCGCACCCUCGAGUCCUUUGUCGACUUUAUCAAGGCCAAUGCCAAGAACAAGGCAGACGUCAACAUCGAUGCUGCCAACGCCAGCGAUGCAGAGGCGCCCAAGAAGGACGAGCACGAGGGCGGCGGCUUCAAGCACGAAGACCUCUAGAGGCC